AUGAUUGCCAUUAGUGAAAGUGGACUCCCCUUUGAUCCAGAUCACACCACUGCCCUUUUCAAUCACCACCACCACAACAAGCUCAGAAUCAACCCAAAACCGCCGCCGCCUCCCAUGGCCAAGCCGGUCAACUCACCGCCCACCACCAUACAGUUCCCGGCGACCCUCGCCUACGAUCGCGACGAUCGGAACCCCCAAGGGAAACGCAAGGUGAUCGCCGAAAUGGAUUUCUUCUCCGACAGGAAACAGUCUGCCGCCGCCGCCGACGCCGACGCUGAAGAGGCCAGCAGGACGGCGCCUUUCGCCGGCCGAGAUCCCCCAGCCUUGGAUUGUAAAGUGAACACUGGCUUGCACCUUUUGACUGCCAACACAGGCAGCGACGAGUCGAUCGUCGACGAUGAAAUUUCUUCCAACUCAGAAGACAAAAGGUCCAAAUAUGAGAUGGCCGUAGUCCAGGCGGAGAUGGAGAGGCUGAGCUCGGAAAAUCGCCGCCUGAGGGAAAUGCUAAAUCAGACGACAAACAGCUACAACAGCCUACAUACGCAUCUACUCACGCUUACGUGGCAACAAAAACCCGAGCAAAAGCACAACGAAAUUGCUGAGGAGCACAAGAAAAACGGCCGCGAAAGCAACGGGCUCCGCCAGUUCAUGGAUCUCGGUUUUGCUGCGGCCAAUGAGGAUGCCGUGCGGUCUCCGUUUGACGGUCAGACGAGCAAGCAAUCUCCCGAGUCGCAUGAGAAGGAAGUCGAUGAAAGAGAUGAGCCGGAAAGUAGUAGGACCGCCGCAGGGCAAGCCCACUACCGUGGAAGUGCCGACCAAGCCACCGAGGCCACCAUGAGGAAGGCUCGGGUUUCGGUUCGCGCUAGGUCCGAGGCCUCCAUGAUCACGGACGGCUGCCAAUGGCGAAAGUACGGACAAAAGAUUGCAAAGGGAAACCCAUGGCCCCGCGCGUACUACCGUUGCACCAUGGCUGCCGGUUGCCCGGUCCGAAAGCAAGUCCAGAGAUGCGCAGACGACACGACCAUCCUCAUCACGACGUACGAGGGCAACCACAACCACCCGUUGCCGCCGGCCGCCAUGUCCAUGGCCUCGACCACCUCGUCGGCCGCCCGAAUGCUUCUCUCGGGCUCGAUGCCGAGCGCCGACGGGCUCAUGGGCUCCAAUUUCCUCGGGCGGGCCCUCCUCCCUUGCUCCUCCACCACGGCCACCAUCUCAGCCUCCGCCCCUUUCCCGACCGUCACACUCGACCUCACCCACCCCCCCAACCCCCUACAGCCGCCCUUCCUCAGCCAGCCGGGAAAUAUUCCGGCUGCUGCCGGGAUAUUCGGGCAGGCGAUGUACAAUAAUAAUCGGUCCAAGUUCUCGGGGCACCAGGUUUCGUCCGGGCAGUUGAACGAGACGGUGAGUGCGCUGGCGGCCGACCCGNCCCAU